CAACGAACUAAACGAAAACAUGUACGCCGCCAUUUUCUCUCUUGUGCAUUUUAUGUCAAUAGUUUACCAAAUAUAUUUUCCCACAAUUUUAAACCAUUCUCUCUUAAUAAAUUAUGUUUUGUUUAAUAAAAAACAAUUCAUAAAAUGUGCAACAAUCAUCGGCAUUAUGUAAUUUAAUCAAAUAACCAUCGUCCCAAUCAAAAAUAAAAACAAUUAUCUCAAAGUGCUUUUCCCAAAAUCCAAAUCCCAAAAAAUCACAAGAAAAGAAGAAGAAAAAAAAAGUGCAACACAGAACAUUUCAGUUUCAGCAAUCGAAUCGAGUUCGAGUAGAGUAGCACUAGCGCUAGCACUAGCACGACUACGACGACGAAGAAACGAAAGAAGGAAUUAAAAAUUAACUACACACAAAAAAUAAGAAGAAAAAACAGAAAAAUAAAAACCAAGUGACGACCUCCAAUCAAAAGAAAAUCUCACAGAGUUUCCCUUUCUCUCUUAACUCUAAAUGUUUUCCACGCAACAACGACAAAAACUCCAAAAAUUCAACAAAAGAUUUUACAAUUUGUGAAAAAUUUGUGUUCUUUUUUCCUUUUUUUGAUUUUUUAGUUUGAUUUUGAUUUUUUGUUAUUUCUUUGAGUUUUGGCAUUUUUAGUUUGUUGUAAAUUAGUUAUAAACUUUUUCGUGUGGAAAAUCGACGACAACAUUCAGCUUCAGCAACAUUCAUCAUCAUCAUCAUCAUAAUCGUCGUCGUUCGUCGUCGUCCGUCGCUGUCGCUGUCGAUAUCGCUGUCGUCGUCGUCGUUGUCGUAGUAGAAAUAAGUAGAAGUAGGCAGUAGUUGAGAUUCAGAGAUUCAGAGCCACUGCUGCCGCAAAAGUAAAGGCAAAAGCAAAAGCAGUUCCACAUUAAGCAGCAGUAGCAACAUUGUUUUCCCCGCGAGCGAGAAGCAAGAGGUGAUAAACUUCGACGCACAAGAAUAACUUGGGUAAAAAAAAGACCAAAAGCCGCAUUUUCAGAGGCUAUUUUUUUUAAUUAGUGGAAUCCUUGGAAAAUUAUAAUAGAUAUAAAACAAAAUGGCAACGAGUGACGAUGAACCUAUGCACCUGUAUGAGGUAUUUCAAAAUUGUUUUAAUAAAAUAGCCAACAAACAACCCGUUGCGAAUGACCGAAAUGGCUAUCAGUCGCCCUAUGGCGGUGGAGGCGGAGGUGGCGGUCUAGAUAAUGGCAUGUAUUCGGCGGAUGAAUUUGUGCACGACAAUCCAGGCGGCAGCGGAAGAUUCUCAGUAACUAAGGACACAAGCGGGGGACUAUACCACCAAACCGAACAGUAUUUUGAUGCCACCGGCAACCAUUGGUAUGCCUCGCCUGUUGGCGGCUAUGCUCCUCAAACUCCGUACCAGAAUACGAUAGGCCAUCCCCAACACACUGACCAAGAUCACCAUCAUAACCUCCACCAUCAGCAACAGCAACAACAGCAGCAGCACACUCUCACCAGUAGUAUGGUGCACAUGGAUGGAACUCAACAACAGCAUAAUCCGGCCGCCACGUCUCUACCACCAAUGAGUUCAUUUCGCGGCAAUCCCACGGUCCAACAGAUGGGCACCCCUGGUGGUUCUCAAGGUGCUGCCACCGGUUCGCCGGCGGCUCUAUACAGUUCGCCACCCCAUUUGGGACCGCCAACACACCAACAACAACAUCCACACAGUAUCCCCCACACUCAGCACACCCUCCACCACCAGCAGCAGCACAGUCCUGCUCUACAGAGUUCAGUUGCAGUAGCAGCGGCUGCUUCGGCAGCACUUCGAACCAACGCCAUGUACAUCGCGCCAGAUCAAAGUAUUAGUAGUUUCAGUUCGAACCCAUCGACACCGGUCAACUCUCCACCGCCACUAACAACGGCUCCCAACGCUCAACAAGCCGCCGCUGCUGCACAUCUUCUUCUAUCGGAUAAAGCAGUUGUUGCAGCAACAGGCAGUGCAUCAUGGCAGCACUUGGCAGCUGCCGCCAAUCCGGUUCUGAACGGCUCUGGUGCUGGCCCAGUCUCGUCUGUGGGCAACAGCUCUAGCAGUGCAUACGCGAAUGAUAUUGUGCCACCCAAUCUUCAUAUGUCCUUUCAAGGAGCUCGAAUGGAAGAGCGACUGGAUGACGCCCUCAAUGUGUUACGCAACCACUGCGAACCGCAGCUGGGAUGUCUCCCAAUGGUAGAUGGUUUGGAUGCCAGCGCAGCUGCUGCGGCUUUAUCCACAUUUGUGCCAACUUCUCCCUCAUCUCACAUCGGCCCCAGCACGUUGACAUCGCCAGGCGAUGUUAUUGGCGGAGGCCUUGGUUCAGAUGUGUCUGCAGCCAAUAUUAAAAUGGAGAGAAACCUUCCCGUUGUGCCACCCUCCGCCACCUCGACAAAGGCGGCGAAAAAACGAAAAGAGCCCUCAGACGCUGACUCCAAACCCACUAGUUCAAUGGAGGCCAAUUCGAAUGGACCCGGCAGCAAAGGCAAACGUCCUCGACGCUAUUGCUCCAGUGCCGACGAAGAUGAUGGUGAGCCCGUUGUAAAGGCACUGCGCGAAAAGGAACGUCGACAAGCAAACAACGCUCGCGAACGGAUACGCAUUCGGGAUAUAAAUGAGGCUCUCAAAGAACUCGGCCGGAUGUGCAUGACACACCUAAAAUCCGACAAACCGCAAACGAAGCUCGGCAUCCUGAAUAUGGCAGUGGAAGUGAUCAUGACACUCGAACAACAGGUACGUGAACGCAAUCUUAAUCCCAAGGCAGCUUGUUUAAAACGGCGCGAAGAGGAGAAGGCCGAAGACGGCCCCAAGAUGUCGCAGCAUCAUAUGCUGCCGCAGCCGCCACCAUAUCCACCAAUGCCUGGGGCACCGCCAACGAAUCUACCACCACACAAUCCGGUGCAGCAUCCUCAAUAGCAGUUGAGUUUAUUUCGCCAUCAUCUUUAAUUUUUUUUUUAAUAUUGUUUUUAAAUUUUAGACUUUUUUUAUAGUUUAACUGUAAAUAAUCUGCAAAAUUUUAUUAUUUAAAGACAUUUAGUAGAUCUAGAUUUCUUCCACACAAACAACAACAAAAAUAUUAUCUAACCCUCUCCUAUCCCAAGAAUGUAAGUCUCUUUAUAUCUUUUUCCUCUAUCCCCCAAAAGCCUAUCAAACUAUUUUUCUCCCAAAACGAGAGACUUACCAAAACAACACACACACACAAAAAAAAAACAAACACAUAACUACACCGUAGAGUAAUUAAAUCAAAAGUUUAACUAAACUACUUACAAAACAAAAAAAAAUAUUAUAUUAAGUAAAAAUCGUUCGCCAGACAAAAGUACAGCAUUAGAUUAUGUAUAAAACUUAAAAAUAUAUAAAUAUAUACAUAUAUAUAUAUAGAUUAUAUAUACAAAAAAUUACAAAAGAGAGAAAAACAAAACAAAAACAAAAAGAAAAAGAAAACAUUUUAGUUCAAAGUUAUCAAAAGGCAGCCAUAUUUAUAUAAAAUAAUUAUAUACAUACAAAAAAAAAGAAAAGAAAAUGUAUCUGUGAGCGACUCAAAAAUGGCUCAAAACAUUAAUUCUAUUUAAAAUGAAAUGAAAAAAAUAUAAUAAUAUUAAAAUAACAAUUAUAAUUAAGUGAGUUAAGCAAAUCUAAAAAAACACGAAAAACAAAAGAAAAAACGCAGAAUCAAAAUCCUAAAUCCUAUAAUUUAAAGCUCAGCUUUGGAUAGUAAAGAGAUGGAAGAAAUUGAGAUUAAAAAAAAAUACCAAGAAAAGAAAUAGAGAGCGAGGUAGUGAUGGACAUUGAGAUGAACUUCUAUCGGGCUUAAGUGUUGCUAAGGUUGUUAUAAACCUUAAAGCUUAUAGGAUACGUUAAAAAGAGCUUUGAAAACAAAACAAUCGGUUCUAAAUAAAGUCUUGUUUAUAAAUAACCACCUAGUGAACUCGAAUUCCAAAUUUAUCAUGACAAUAUGUGGGUGUGUGGGAUAUUAAACAAGAAAAAACCUGUCUGUAACGAAUCAAAUAUUGACCCCUUGGAGCCAUUUUAUUCUAAGCGACAUUUUCGAGAAAAAAAAUAACAUAAAUAAUUCCAAUUUUCAUUCUGAAACAAUUAGCGCCAUAAAACCUACUUUUAAAUCUCAGGUUAAGUGCUCCAUCCCCGACAACAUUACUCGCACACAGGAAUAGUUGAGAGUUGUAAGUCACUAGGCCCUAGUUUUCAACGGACUGUUGGGCCACCUAAGUUAUUUUAAAGUGCUGUUAAUAGUGUUGAAUAAGUGGUUCCAUGGACCCGCAGUAAACCUUUGUUUGUCGCUUCUGAUAUUUUGGUGGAAAUCCUUGGCGUUUGCGAGCGCUCCUGAAAUCAUCAUCAGCCUUUUAUCAAAUUCAUUUUUUCUUUUGGACGACCGCCAAUUUUUGUUUUGUAAAUCAUAGGCCAGAUUUGCUAACGUGUGAUUUCUAAACAUUGUAGGAUCUUUUAAUUCUGAAACUCUGUUAGGUAUUUAAUAUAAUUGAUUGCAGUCCAUGCAGUCGAUAUAGAGCCAAGUAUUCAGCUUUGUUCAAGAAAUUGUCUGAAAUCAUAUUUAAGAAACUAUUAUAUUUGUUUUGCAUGCUUCCAAAUUUCGAUUGAUUUUAAAACAAAAACUUUUCUAAAUCAUUCAAGCUUUGUCAAUAGGAUCUUUCACAAUAUGUGGACUUGAUAGCGUCGAGUUAAAAUAUCCCACUAUAUUUUCAAAUUAAUUUCGAAAGUGAAAGUGAUGACUGACGUUAAACAGAAAAUUAUUUUGACCAAUAUUAUUGACUAAACUCUCCUUUGUUAAAAAAAAAAACAAACAUAAGUAUAAUCGUAAUCAGUAGGUCAGAAGUUCGUAGUUAUUUAAGAAUUCUUGCAACAAGUUCGUUAAUUUAAUCUGAUGAAUACUUUGUAGAACUAAAAUAGAGAAUUCUUUUGGAGUCAAACCUCUUUCCCUUUCCUAGUGCCCACACUGUGCCUCUUUAUAAUAAGGGUAGUAAUAUCCCCUUAAGUGUUCGCUUAUUUAAACAAAAAUCUGAGUAACCUUUAUGAUCGUAUUUUUUUAGUAACUUACAUUUCUCUCCUUUAAAAGAAUUUGAUAUUUACUAAAAUAAUGCAAAACUAGAAUAAAAGAAGCCAUUGAGAAGCUUGCAAGGUUUGUAGAAAUUUCGAAUGGAUUCUUGAUUUCAAGAAUCAAUUUUCCAUCUAAAUUAUUUAUGAACCUUCUAAUCUUCACUUUUUUAGUUUGCAAAAUAUGUUUUAAAAUUUGUUUUAAAAAGUUCUUUUAAAAUUGAGAAAUGCUUCCGAUCGAAAUUAAAUUUAAAAAACACCAAUCAGAAAAUUUCAUAAAUUACUUAUUUCAACUUUGGAACUUUUCCCUGCUCACGUAUUUUAGAAUGCCUUAUUAAAACUUAAUUCAAGGUGCCUAAUUCCAUGUUUAAAAAAAAAAAACAUUUUCAGAUCAGUUAUGGACACAGUCAGCCCUUCAUUAAUUCCAUCGUAAUCGGAAAUGUUUACGAAUCCCGAAAAACUGUACCAUAAAAUCCGUUCGUAAUGCAAAAUUGUAUGAGAUUUUGCACUACGAAAUGAUUUCAUAACAAAAGUUUUUCGGCACUCGUAAAAAUUUCUGAUUACGAUGGAAUUCAUGAUAGGGCUGAGUGCCUUUGUGUUAGAUAAAGUACUUUUUAGCUAGAAUUUAAGCAACCUUGAAAGGAGUUAAGCUUAAGAUGGCUCUAUUCAACGUUCCAUAACCUUUUCAGAGAACUUUUAAGUGUUGGCAUUGCAUGAACUGAACCCGAAAAAAAAAUCAUCCAAAAGAGUGAAUACUUUUUGAUUCAAAUUUAAAAUCACACACUACGACAGUUCACGUACGAAAAAUUGUAUCGAUAUCGAAAAACUGGUGGGUCAUUCCGUAAAACGACUAUCGUCAAACGAUAGCGUUUUGACGAUAAUCAUCAAAGUGAUAUCGUCAAAACGAUACAGUUUGCACGAUAGCUAAAUAGGUAUCGUCUGUCUGUCAUUAAUUUCCAAAUACGAGGUGUGGCAAUUUCCGGGAAUUUGUCAAUAUAAAUAGACCUUCACAAUAAUCUCCCUUUAACUCUACACAAUGAUUCCAACGUUUCUCCCAUGAUUGGAAGCACCCUUGAUAGUCCUCCAAAGUUAGCCCGUUUAGCACCACGGUCAGAGCUUCUUGAACCUUCUGUACGCCGUCAUGAUGAGUUCCCUGGAGGUGCGACUUCAUCUUGGGGAAUAGAAAAAAGUCGCAGGGAGUAAUAUCGGGGCUAUAGGGUGUGCCUCACCCACCACGUUGGGAUGCCUCUUUUUUUUGCAAAAACUCUUGCACAACCAACGAGAAUAAGUGAGAACCCUAGGAACCAUCUUUGCGCAAAUCUUUUGUUCAAAUUCUCGUGUAACAUCUUCCCGAACCGUUUCUGUGUUGAUGUUUAACUCGUAAGACAAUGCACGAGUGCCAAGGCGACGGUCAGACGUGAUCAACAUGCGCAAACGAUCAACAUUCGCGUCGGUACAAGAGGUGACGGGAGCUCCUUCUGGAUCGUCUUCCACCGAUUCACGCCCAUCCUUGAACCGCUUCGCCCAUUCAAACACACGCGUUUUUGACAUGCUAUCGUCUCCAUAGACAACCUGCAAUAUUCGGAGGAUUUCCGAGGGUUUUUCGCCAGAUUUUACUAAAAAUUGGAUCACACAUUUUCACUACGCCACUAAAAAAUCUACUUGCAAAAAAUACGCAUAAAACGUAAACCAAACGUGCUUAUACUUAAACUUUGAACCCUAACCAAAAGGAAGAUCCCCAAUGGUAACAAAUGAAAAAUGUUUGCCACUUUUUAAAUUAUAACUAAAUUCCCGGAUCUUAAUUGCCACACAUCGUACUAACUAAGCAAAUUGAAAUAAAAAUGUUUCGGCGUAAUUAAGUUAUGAUACAAAGUGAAAAUGAAAACUCAGAAAUUUUUUUUUUUUUUCUAAUUCAUUUUUAUUUAUUCAAUCUUAAACCUAUCUUAAAGCUAGACAAAAAUUCAUAAAACUAGCCUAAUUAUCCAUAACUAACAACUAACUUAAUGGUCCCAUACGGACACUCUAAGUUAAACUAUAACACUUAAAACUAAUGCCUUUCGGCCCUAAGAUCUAUUUUACUUCAUUUAAAUUUUAUUUCAUUUAUUUUUGUAUUUAUUAGAAAAUUUGAACAAAAAACUAAUAUCAGAAAAAAAAAAAAAAAAAAAAACUCAGAAAUAAAUACGGUUAUAGAGACAAUUUAAUAGAUAAACCAGACCCUCUAUCUCUUCCAUCCCAUAUGUAAGCAUUUUUAUUUUUUUCUAACUUGUCAUAAAAUAAUUUAAACCAUCAUAUUUUGUUCAAAGUUUUUCAAAAAAAUAUGAGUCAUUGAAUUAUAUGUUUAGUUUAUAUUUUUAGUUUUUGAGCCACUAAAACUGCAUGUCCCCAAAAAUAGAAAAAUUACAACUUACAACAAUAUUUUAUGUACCGAUCGCGAUUCCAAACGAAAGUUCUUAUUCAAUUUUAAUUGGACAUUCAUUUUUUAUCGUGAUUGCUAUCGAAAACAACUUUAAUUUUUAAGUGCAUAUUAAAACGUUCAACUUGUAUUUCUUCUUCCAUAUUUCCAACAGCCACGUAUACAAAAAUUCGCUCUCCUAGAUCAUUUACAGAUAAAGAAAACAAACAAAAAAUGCUUUUCUGCUUUUUAAAGUUUAACAAUUGUUUUAGAUAUUUAUUUAUAAUAUUUUGCAACAUAGCUUUAUAAAUUUAUAAAUCCAAAAUCUCCUAAUAUGCAUUGAUGACAAAUGUCCAAAAAGCAAAUUGAUUUCUAGAAUUUUGAUUCUUAGUCAGAAAUUACAUUAUUUUGAAUUGUUCUCAAAAAUUUGAGCUAUGUUUCGAUAUAUUAUAGUUUAAAGUGCCACUUCCAUAUUUGUUAACAAACUAUAGUUUUUCCAACUCCCGUGCUUAGGAACAUUCCCCAUAAAUUUGAAAUUUCUGUACUCAAAUGUAGCAGUUGCUGUAGUUUGAAUUCAGAAAAUUCUUAUUCAAUUUUGUGGUCGUCUUAAAAACGGAAGCAUUAUAAUUGUUUAUACCGCGGCAUUAAACAAAAAAAUUAUGAAAAGAGAAAGCAACAUGGUUAUACCUCUCCUUUGUUACGGUAUUUAUCGCUAAUAAAAUAAAUACUUUAAUAAAAUUAAGAUAUACAUGUUUCUGAUUUUUCAAAAUUAAAUCUCAACUAUUUUUGGAUAUGAAAAUAGAAAAAUUACUACGAAAUUUUAAUUUAGAAAAUAUAAUUUAACAAAUUAAUACAAAAUUCAAAAGGAAUAGUUUUAUAACCUUAAUUUACUCACAUCUAAAUUACUGAGCUUCUUCAAAACUGACUUUACGGAUUUUUUUUUACAAAUUUGAUUCAGAUGUCAAUAAAUUCAAAAAAGUAAUAAUUUUAUUAACAUUUAAAUUAAAUUUCUGAAAAAUACCUAAAACUCGAAACCCCUUUAAAAUUAGUUAUGCUUUAAAACUUGCAUGAAGCUCUAUUCUGUUAAAAGUUCAAGUGAACUUCUUCUAACUUUCAGCUUACGACAAAAUUAUAGUUUUUUUUACAAGUCCUCCCAUUUUUUAACGUUUUUUUUGAAAAAAAGUUGACUUGCUUCAGUUUAUAUGGUUUUUAAAAUUCAAUUUAUUUAAAAACAAACAUUGCACAAAAUGGUUCAUGAAGAAAGAAGACGACAUUGGCCAAGAGUACCUUAAGUACUGACAAAAAAUGACACUCUAUAGAAGUUCCAAUUUGGUUUAUAAAAUGUAGAUCGGCUCGCUUAUCGAGAAGACGCACCUAGAUAAAGUCGAGGUUUUAAAGUCACUAGGUCCUGGUUCUAAAGCAGAUAUCUAAUGUGUUCCAAGCAUACAAAGCCCGGCAUGAGGAAAUCAAAAGAGAAAUUUUACUUCACCCGUAGGGUAACGUUUGUGGCUCUCAAAUAAUUUAUUUUCAACUAAGAUCUCUGAAGCUAUCCAAAACCCAUGCUGUUAACUUUUGAAAAUUAUAGGUAAACUGCUUCAAAUAAAAUUUAUAAUUAAAAAAAGAAAAAAACUUUCCUAUUACACUCUUCUCUGUUCUUUCUCAACGUCCAUUUAUAUUUAAAAAAAAACAUUGUUUAAUUUGCCGUUUAUAUUUUUAAAUUGUUCCCAUUAAGUUGCGCUUUUGUUCAAUUAUUUUGUAGUUAUUAUUAUUAUUUUUUUUACAAAACUUAUAAAAUAAGACAGAAAUUAAUUUAUAGAUAGGGAGAUGAUAAAAAACGUUGAAAACACAGAUACGA